UCUCGUCACCUCCCCGCCCUCCUACUUGGCCCCUGAGGUGCGCGGCGCAGGCGCAGACCGAGGACGGGAGUACGGCCGCGCAGCCUGGGCCUGGGGCCUGGCGGGUGAGGCGUGGGGCGCGCGGGAGGGAGCGGGGCGCACCCGGCACUGCGCCUGGGAGCGCUGGGGCCGGCGCGGCGUUGCCCGCUGUCGUGCGGCCGCCUCCAGCUCCAGCCUGAAGCCACCGCCCGGGUGCCACGCUGGGCCGGCCGAGCCCGGGGAACCGGUGAGGCAUUUUUUUACCAUCGUGGAAACUUACAUGUAACUAAUUUUUCCUUGCUGCAGUAUUAAGAAUUAUACCAAAUUGAAAAGAUAUGAAUGAGUAUCCUAAAAAAAGAAAAAGGAAGACUUUACACCCUUCUCGUUAUUCAGACUCCUCUGGAAUAAGCAGAAUUGCAGAUGGAUUCAAUGGAAUUUUUUCUGAUCAUUGUUACAGUGUUUGUUCUAUGAGACAGCCAGACCUAAAAUAUUUUGAUAACAAAGAUGAUGAUUCUGAUACUGAGACAUCAAAUGACUUGCCAAAAUUUGCAGAUGGUGUCAAGGCCAGAAACAGAAAUCAGAACUACCUGGUUCCCAGUCCUGUACUUAGGAUUCUAGACCACACUGCCUUUUCUGCAGAAAAGGCUGCUGAUCUUGAAAUCUGUGAUGAAGAAUGUGACUCACCUGAAUCAGUCCACCAGCAAACUCAAGAGGAGAGUCCCAUAGAAGUUCACACCUCUGAAGAUGUUCCAAUUGCCGUGGAAGUGCAUGCAAUUUCUGAGGAUUACGACAUAGAGACAGAAAAUAAUUCCUCUGAAAGCCUCCAAGACCAAACUGAUGAAGAGCCACCGGCUAAACUCUGUAAAAUCCUGGACAAGAGCCAGGCUUUGAAUGUGACUGCCCAGCAGAAAUGGCCUUUGCUGAGAGCUAAUAGCAGUGGCCUCUAUAAGUGUGAGCUUUGUGAAUUCAACAGUAAAUAUUUUUCUGAUUUAAAGCAGCAUAUGAUCCUGAAACAUAAACGUACUGACUCAAACGUGUGUCGAGUGUGCAAGGAAAGUUUCUCUACCAACAUGCUUCUGAUCGAGCAUGCCAAGCUCCAUGAAGAGGACCCUUACAUCUGCAAAUACUGUGACUAUAAGACCGUGAUUUUUGAGAACCUCAGUCAGCACAUUGCAGACAUCCACUUUAGCGAUCACCUGUACUGGUGUGAGCAGUGUGACGUGCAAUUCUCCUCCAGCAGCGAGCUCUACCUACAUUUCCAGGAGCACAGUUGUGAUGAACAGUACUUGUGUCAGUUCUGUGAACAUGAAACGAAUGAUCCAGAAGACUUGCAUAGCCAUGUGGUAAAUGAGCACGCAUGUAAACUGAUAGAAUUGAGUGAUAAGUUUAACAAUGGAGAGCACGGACAGUAUAGCCUCUUAAGCAAAAUUACCUUUGACAAAUGUAAAAACUUCUUUGUGUGUCAAGUAUGUGGUUUUCGGAGCAGACUUCAUACAAAUGUUAACAGGCAUGUUGCUAUUGAGCAUACUAAAAUAUUUCCUCAUGUUUGCGAUGACUGCGGGAAGGGAUUUUCAAGUAUGCUAGAAUAUUGCAAGCAUCUAAAUUCACAUUUAUCUGAAGGGAUUUACUUAUGUCAGUAUUGUGAAUAUUCAACAGGACAAAUUGAAGAUCUUAAAAUUCAUCUAGAUUUCAAACAUUCAGCUGAGUUACCUCAUAAAUGUAGUGACUGUUUAAUGAGGUUUGGAAAUGAAAGGGAAUUAAUCAGUCACCUUCCAGUCCAUGAGACAACUUGACUGUUCUCUAUACAUAAUGUUUAUGUAAAAUAAUAAAUUCAAUUUUUUCAGAGAUGUUAAAA